AUGAACUUCUCGGUUGCAAAACUGAUGACUGGUGGGAUGGUUCCUUUUGCUGUCACUCUUGCCACAGAUGAUGUAGUCGAUUCAUUUUCUGGAGAUUCCAAGGGUCACUCAAACUCCGCUCAUGCUACGGGAUGUGCAACAGCCGCCAAAGCCAUUGAAUGGUUCAAAGAUCCAGAGCCUAACCAUAGAUCAAGGAGGAACCUCAAGAGAGGUACCAAGACAUGGAGACAUGCCCUUCCUAUUAAAAUCGCAUGCAUUGAAGUAGACGCAAGUCCACAUGCAUGUAUGGCACAUGAUCAAAUAUGUUGUAAUCAAUGUAAACCCCCUUAUCAUGUUUCAGUCGAGCAUGAAACCCAAAACUCCCUCUCCUUUGUCGUAACAAAGCGGAGCAAAACACCUCUAAAUAGAAAUCAAGUAUUUGACGGAUGUGUUAUAUGA